GGCCUCACUUGGGUAUUGCUGGGUUUAAUGGUGAGCCUUAAUAUGGGGCAACUUUCAAAGACAUUCGUAAGGCUUUCAUCGACAAUUGCAUGCUUGUUUGUGGGAUUCCUCUGUACGUCAUCCAUUCUCGUAGUCCUUAGAGAUGUAGAAGCGUAUUCGAUUAAGAUCAUUCUAGAUAUUUUAUCUUUGUCGGGAGCUAUUCUCUUGCUAAUCUGCGUGGUUAAGGGUUCCAAACAUGGAGAAACUGGUCAUGAUAUCGAUCACACUCUUUAUAUGUCUUUGAAUGAUGAAGCCAAUGGCAAUAGCAUUGAUUCAAAUAGUUAUGUAACUCUGUUUGCCAAAGCUGGAUUUCUCAGUAGAUUGUCAUUUUGGUGGUUGAAUCCUCUAAUGCGAAAGGGUUGGGGGAAAUCCUUGGAAGACAAAGAUAUACCUCAGUUAUGUAAGAUCGAUCGAGCGGAAAUCUGUUACUUAUUGUUUAUGGAGGAACUGAACAGACAAAAACAGGCCAAACAAUCUAGCUCGCCAUCUAUUUUGUGGACUAUCGUUUCCUGUCACAGGAGAGAGAUUUUUGUUUCUGGGUUUUUUGCGUUGCUUAAAAUAUUGACUGUGUCUUCUGGUCCCCUUCUCAAUGCCUUCAUUAAGGUUGCUGAAGGGAAAGCGGGUUUUAGAUACGAGGGUUACCUUUUGGCUUGGGCAUUGUUCUUUGUGAAAUGCUUAGAAUCCCUAUCACAAAGGCAGUGGUAUUUCCGGAGUAGAAGGAUCGGUCUCCAGGUAAGGUCUUUGCUGUCGGCAGCUAUUUACCGGAAACAAUUGAGACUGUCGAAUGAGGCUAAAAUUAAACACUCGGCUGGGGAGAUAAUGAACUAUGUUACGGUAGAUGCUUAUAGGAUCGGGGAAUUUCCGUUCUGGUUUCACCAGACAUGGACGACAAGCCUCCAGCUCUGCAUUGCUUUAUCAAUCGUUUUCCAAGCUGUUGGACUUGCAACCAUUGCGGCCUUCAUCGUCAUCAUACUGACCGUGGCCAGCAACGCUCCACUUGCCAAACUGCAGCAUAAAUUUCAGUCGAAGCUUAUGGAGGCGCAGGACGAGAGGCUGAAGGCUAUUUCAGAAGCUCUCGCGAACAUAAAAGUAUUGAAGCUUUAUGCAUGUGAAACCCAUUUCAAGACAGUAAUAGAGGGGUUGAGGAAAGUGGAAUAUAAGUGGUUGUCGGCAUUUCAACUGCGAAGAGCAUACAAUAGCUUUCUCUUUUGGACGUCUCCUGUGUUGGUCUCAGCUGCUACUUUCGUUACAUGCUAUUUCCUUCGAAUUCCUCUCAAUGCGAGCAAUGUUUUCACCUUCGUAGCGACCUUGCGAUUCAUUCAAGACCCAGUUAGGUCAAUCCCAGAGGUUAUAAGAGUCAUGAUUCAAGCUAAGGUUGCAUUUGCUCGGAUAGUGAAGUUUCUGGAGGCACCCGAGCUGCAGAUUGGGCAUGUGAGGAAAAAGCCUAAUGGGGAGCUCAAGCAUUCUAUUGAGAUCAGGUCAUCCAGCUUCUCAUGGGAAGGGGACCUGUCAAAACCAAUGCUCAGAAAUAUAAAUCUAGAGGUUAAACCUGGCGAAAAGGUGGCAAUUUGUGGAGAGGUUGGGUCAGGGAAAUCAACCCUUUUAGCAGCAAUCCUUGGAGAGGUACCAAACAUCAAGGGCACAAUUAAAGUUUAUGGGAGAAUUGCAUAUGUUUCUCAAACGGCAUGGAUCCAGACAGGAACGAUCCAAGAGAAUAUCCUGUUUGGCUCUCCCAUGGACAAACAACAAUACCAAGAAGUGGUUGAGAAGUGCUCAUUGGAGAAGGACCUUGAGAUGUUACCGUUUGGGGGUCUCACUGAAAUAGGGAGAGGAGUAAAUCUCAGCGGUGGUCAGAAGCAACGUAUUCAACUUGCAUGUGCAGUGUAUCAAGAUGCAGACAUAUACCUCUUGGAUGAUCAGUUCAGUGCAGUUGAUGCUCAUACUGCUACAAGCCUGUUUAAUGGAUGCAUCAUGGGAGCUCUGUCAGGGAAGAAGGUCUUACUAGUUACUCAUCAAGUUGAUUUCCUUCCAGCAUUUGACUCUAUUUUGUUAAUGUCAGAUGGGGAGAUCCUGCAUGCUGCUUCUUUUCAGGAGUUACUGGGCACGGGUAGAGAAUUUCAAGACCUCGUCAAUGCACACAAAGACACUGCUGGUUCUGAAAGGCUUGCUGAGGUUGUUCCUCCCUUGAGGCAUGAAACUGCCAAAAGAGAAAUCAAGAAAGCAUCUACUUUGAAAGAUAAAACAGCGAAUGCACUGUCACUAGAUCAGCUGAAUAAGAAAGAGGAGAGAGAAACUGGAGAUACGGGUCUGAAGCCAUACUUACAAUAUCUGAAUCAGAACAAGGGCUACUUGUACUUCUCCUUGGCAAGCCUAUGCCAUCUCACAUUUUUGGCUGGACAGAUCGCACAAAACUCUUGGAUGGCUGCUAACGUUGAGAAUCCUUAAGUUAGCACGGUGCUGCUGAUCUCAGUCUACUUGGCAAUCGGUUUCAGCACAUCGGUCUUUUUGUUCUUCAGAUCUCUAUUUAUAGUUACUCUGGGUAUGCAGUCAUCAAAAUCAUUAUUUUCUCAGCUGCUAAACUCCCUCUUCCGUGCACCAAUGUCCUUCUUUGACUCAACGCCCUUGGGAAGGAUAUUGAGUCGGAUUUCUUCUGAUUUAAGUCUUGUUGACCUUGAUGUGCCCUUCAGUUUCGUCCUUCCCUUAUGUGCUACCAUGAACAUGUACAGUAAUCUCGGUGUCUGGCGGGUUCUCUUUAGAUUCUGCACUUCAGCUUCGAUUUUCCUUGAGAAGUAACACUGGUGGGAUUUGAUUUUAAAUAAUCAGAGAUACUACUUUGCUUCUGCAAAAGAAUUGAUAUGGAUCAAUGGCACGACAAAAUCCCUUGUAGCAAGUCAUCUGGCUGAAUCCAUAUCAGGAGCGAUGACGAUCCGAGCUUUUGAGGAGGAAGACCGAUUCUUUGCUAAGAAUGUCGAUCUCAUCGACAAGAAUGCUAGCCCAUUCUUCCACAACUUUGCGGCAAAUGAGUGGUUGAUCCAGCGUUUGGAAACGAUGAGUGCCACUGUACUUUCCUCCUCAGCGCUUGUCAUGUCUCUGCUUCCUCCAGGGACCUUCAGCUCUGGAUUUAUUGGGAUGGCGUUGUCUUAUGGUCUUUCAUUAAACAUGUCCCUAGUUUUCUCUAUUCAAAAUCAGUGCACGCUCCUAAAUUACAUCAUCUCCGUAGAAAGGCUUCAUCAGUACAUGCAUAUCCCAAGUGAGGCCCCUGAAAUCAUAGAAGGCAACCGGCCCACGCCUGAUUGGCCUGCUGUUGGCAAAGUGGAGCUCCAAGAUUUGAAGAUCAGAUAUAGACCAGAUACUCCACUCGUUCUUCGGGGGAUAACUUGCACAUUUGAAGGAGGGCACAAGAUUGGAAUAGUUGGGCAGACUGGCAGUGGGAAGACGGCCUUGAUCGGUGCAUUGUUUCGCCUGGUGGAGCCGGCAGGGGGAAAAAUCAUCAUUGAUGGCCUCAACAUCUCCACGGUCGGUCUUCAUGAUCUGAGAUCUCGUUUCGGGAUCAUUCCUCAAGACCCAACCCUUUUUCAUGGUACUGUCAGAUUCAAUUUGGAUCCCCUAGCAAAACAUACUGAUCAGGAAAUCUGGGAGGUGCUUGGGAAGUGCCAUCUUCAGGAGGCAGUUCAAGAGAAAGAAGAGGGUCUGGACUCUCUAGUUGUAGAAGAUGGGUCAAAUUGGAGCAUGGGACAGCGGCAGUUGUUCUGCCUGGGACAUGCUUUGUUGAGGAGAAGCCGGAUACUAGUGCUCGAUGAAGCCACGGCAUCAAUUGACAACGCGACGGAUGCAAUUCUUCAGAAGACCACAAGGGAUGAGUUUGCUGACUGCACCGUCAUUACAGUUGCCCACAGAAUCCCAACUGUGAUGAACUGCACAAUGGUGCUUUCUAUCAGUGAUGGUGAGCUUCUUUUAUCCCCCUCACACAUUUUCUCCAAACAACGCCUGUCAGAAGCAUUCCAACAGCUGGAUUUGAGCUUAAGAUUGUGGCCCACUCAGGUGUCCAAUAGGCCUGAAAUUUCAGCUAAUGGCUCGAAAAAGCUUUACACCUUCUGGAGAAAUGAUGUUAAUUUUUCUUCUCAGGGAAAUUGGAUCAACCUUCACUAUGGUUAUUGGCAAGAGCCAGAAGAUGGACGAUUCCUAUCAUCUAACCACCUCUGCAUGAGGCAAAUUGUAUUCCGUGGGAAUAGCAAGGUUGUAAACAGGAGUAAGGUCACAGCAAUAGCAUGUGGUGAUCCACAGAAGUAUGUGAGCUGCGAUGGAAUCCAUGCCACUGAUGCUGCAAACAAGCUUGUAACAUGGCCCAUACUCAACGACUCUUAUUUUGACCCUCCAUCUCCACUUUCAAAGCUACGUGACUUGCAAUCAACCGGAUAUCUAACAUCUCUUUUUCACUCCUAUAAAGAAACUCCGUUGUGGCAGAAUCCCCUCCUCAUCCAACGCUCCAAGAGCAUCAUCACCGAGCUUUUCAGCCAUCUCAUGAAAAGAUUGCCGGAUCAAACGGUCCUAAAUCGUUCGAGGACUUUCCCGCCGAGUUUCCUGACAUCGGAGCGAUCUGGUGCUUGGUCUGUUUUCUGUGGGAAGUCUGAUUGUUCACAUGAUGGUGGAAAGGCUUGUAAUCCUCGUUUUCUGGGCACUGCCGAUUCUUCCCCAUGUCUCAACAAUAUCUUGGUCAUUUCUGUCGAUGUGCUGCUCUUGUUAUUGAUCCUUUUCAAUUUCAUUUGUAAGGCGUCGUCAAGAGCAGCUCGGAUGCCGGCACGCUUUCAAGGCCUUUCAUAUCUACAGAUUACCUCUGCCAUCUUCAACGGAGGGUUGGGAUUUGUUUACUUGGGUGUAGGGGUUUGGAUCCUGGAAGAGAAAUGGAGAAACGGACAAGCUGUUGUUCCUCUGCAUCCAUGGUUAGUGAUGUUAUUUCAAGGCCUCACUUGGCUAUUGCUGGGUUUAAUGGUGAGCCUUAAGAUGGGGCAACUUUCAAAGACAUUUGUAAGGCUUUCGUCGACAAUUGCAUGCUUGUUUGCGGCAUUCCUCUGUACUUCAUCCAUUCUCGUAGUCCUUAUAGAUCUAGAAGCGUAUUCAAUUAAGAUCAUUCUGGAUAUUCUAUCCUUGCCGGGAGCUAUUCUCUUGCUAAUAUGCGUGGUUAAGGGUUCCAAACAUGGAGAAACUGGUCAUGAUAUCGAUCACACUCUUUAUAUGCCUUUGAAUGAUGAAGGCAAUGGCAAUAACAUCGAUUCUGAUAGUUAUGUAACUCUGUUUGCCAAAGCUGGAUUUCUCAGUAGAAUGUCGUUUUGGUGGUUGAAUCCUCUAAUGCGAAGGGGUUGGGAGAAAUCCUUGGAAGACAAAGAUAUACCCCAGUUACAUAAGACCGAUCGAGCGGAAAGCUGUUACUUAUUGUUUCUGGAGGAACUGAACAGAAAAAAACAGAACGAACAAUCUAGCUCGCCAUCUGUUUUGUGGACUAUCGUUUCCUGUCACAGGGGAGAGAUUUUUGUUUCUGGGUUUUUCGCGUUGCUUAAAAUAUUGACCAUCUCUUCUGGUCCUUUGCUUCUCAAUGCCUUCAUUAAGGUUGCUGAAGGGAAAGCGGCUUUUAAAUAUGAGGGUUACCUUUUGGCUGGGGCAUUGUUCUUUGUGAAAUGUUUAGAAUCUCUAUCACAGAGGCAGUGGUAUUUCCGGAGUAGAAGGAUCGGUCUCCAAGUAAGGUCUUUGCUGUCGGCAGCUAUUUACUGGAAGCAACUGAGACUGUCGAAUGAGGCUAAAAUUACACACUCGGCUGGGGAGAUAAUGAACUAUGUUACAGUAGAUGCUUAUAGGAUUGGGGAAUUCCCUUUCUGGUUUCACCAGACGUGGACAACAAGCCUCCAGCUCUGCAUUGCUUUAGCAAUCCUUUUCCGAGCAGUUGGACUUGCGACCAUCGCAGCCUUCAUCGUCAUCAUACUAACCGUGGCUUUGAACGCUCCGCUAGCCAAAUUGCAGCAUAAAUUUCAGUCGAAGCUUAUGGAGGCGCAGGAUGAGAGGCUGAAGGCUAUGUCAGAAGCUCUUGUGAACAUGAAAGUAUUGAAGCUUUAUGCAUGGGAAACCCAUUUCAAGACAGUAAUAGAGGGGUUGAGGAAAGUGGAAUAUAAGUGGUUGUCAGCAUUUCAGCUGCGAAGAGCAUACAAUAGCUUUCUCUUUUGGACGUCUCCUGUGUUGGUCUCUGCUGCUACUUUCGUUGCAUGCUAUUUCCUUCGAAUUCCUCUCAAUGCGAGCAAUGUUUUCACCUUUGUAUCAACCUUGCGACUUGUUCAAGAUCCAGUUAGGUCAAUCCCAGAUGUAAUAGGAGUUGUGAUUCAAGCUAAGGUAGCGUUUGCUCGGAUAGUGAAGUUUCUGGAGGCACCAGAGCUGCAGAUUGGGCAUGUGAGGAAAAAAGCUAAUGGGGAGCUCAAGCAUUCUAUUGAGAUCAGGUCAUCCAGCUUCUCAUGGGAAGGGGACCUGUCAAAGCCGACGCUCAGAAAUAUAAAUCUAGAGGUUAAACCUGGUGAAAAGGUGGCAAUUUGUGGAGAGGUUGGGUCAGGGAAAUCGACCCUUUUAGCAGCAAUCCUUGGAGAGGUACCAAACGUCGAGGGCAGGAUUAAAGUAUAUGGGAGAAUUGCAUAUGUUUCUCAGAUGGCAUGGAUCCAGACGGGAACAAUCCAAGAGAAUAUCCUGUUUGGCUCUCCCAUGGACAAGCAAAGAUACCAAGAAGUAGUUGAGAAGUGCUCGUUGGAGAAGGACCUUGAGAUGUUACCGUUUGGGGAUCUCACUGAAAUAGGAGAAAGAGGUGUGAAUCUCAGCGGUGGUCAGAAGCAACGUAUUCAACUUGCACGUGCGGUCUAUCAAGAUGCAGACAUAUACCUCUUGGAUGAUCCGUUCAGUGCAGUUGAUGCUCAUACUGCUACAAGCCUAUUUAAUGUAUUCUUUCCAUUUCCAUCACGCUGACAUUUAAGCUUUCCUUGGCUGUUGUUUUGUCUCGUGAAAGCUAACCUUUAUGGUGCACAGGAAUGCAUCAUGGGAGCUCUGUUGGGGAAGAUGGUCUUACUAGUUACUCAUCAAGUUGAUUUCCUUCCGGCAUUUGACUCUAUUUUGUUAAUGUCAGAUGGGGAGGUCCUGCAUGCUGCUUCUUUUCACGAGUUACUGGACACAAGUAGAGAAUUUCAAGACCUCGUCAAUGCACACAAAGACACUUCUGGUUCUGAAAGGCCCGCUGAGGUUGUUCCUCCCUCGAGACGUGAAACUGCCAAACGAGAAAUCACGAAAGCAUCUGUUUUGAAAGAUAAAACAGUGAAUGCACCAUUAGUAGAUCAGCUGAUUAAGAAAGAGGAGAGAGAAACUGGAGAUACGGGUCUGAAGCCAUAUUUACAAUAUCUGAAUCAGAACAAGGGCUACUUGUACUUCUCCUUGGUAGGCCUAUGCCAUCUCACAUUUGUGGCUGGACAGAUUGCGCAAAACUCUUGGAUGGCUGCUAACGUUGACAAUCCUCAAGUUAGCACGUUGCUGCUUAUUUCAGUCUACUUGGCAAUCGGUGUUAGCACAUCCAUCCCUUUGUUCUUCAGAUCUCUUUUGGUAGUUGCCCUGGGUGUGCAGUCAUCAAAAUCAUUUUUUUCUCAGCUGCUAAACUCCCUCUUCCGUGCACCAAUGUCCUUCUUUGACUCAACACCCCUGGGAAGGAUAUUGAGUCGGGUUUCUUCUGAUUUGAGUAUUGUUGACCUUGAUGUGCCAUUCAGUUUCGCCUUUGCCUUUUGUGCUACCAUGAACGCAUACAGUAAUCUCGGUGUACUGGCUGUUGUUACCUGGCAAGUCUUAUUCGUCUCCAUACCGAUGAUCUAUCUUGCAAUUCGAUUGCAGAGAUACUACUUUGCUACUGCAAAAGAAUUGAUGCGGAUCAAUGGCACAACAAAAUCCCUUGUAGCCAGUCAUCUGGCCGAAUCUAUAUCUGGAGCGAUGACAAUCCGAGCUUUUGAGGAGGAAGACCGAUUCUUUGCUACGAAUGUCGACAUCAUUGACAAGAACGCUAGCCCAUUCUUCCAUAACUUUGCGGCAAAUGAGUGGUUCAUCCAGCGUUUGGAAACAAUGAGUGCUACUGUACUUUCCUCCUCCGCGCUUGUCAUGUCUCUGCUUCCUCCAGGGACUUUCAGCUCUGGAUUUAUUGGGAUGGCGUUGUCUUAUGGUCUUUCAUUAAACGUGUCCCUAGUUUUCUCUAUUCAAAAUCAGUGCACGCUCGCAAAUUACAUCAUCUCUGUAGAAAGGCUUCAUCAGUACAUGCAUAUCCCAAGUGAAGCCCCUGAAAUCAUAGAAGGCAACCGGCCCACGCCCGAUUGGCCUGCUGUUGGCAAAGUGGAGCUCCAAGAUUUGAAGAUCAGAUAUAGACCAGAUACUCCACUCGUUCUUCAGGGGAUAAGUUGCACAUUUGAAGGAGGGCACAAGAUUGGAAUAGUUGGGCGGACCGGCAGUGGGAAGACGACCUUGAUCAGCGCAUUGUUUCGUCUGGUGGAGCCAGCAGGGGGAAAAAUCAUCAUUGAUGGCCUCAACAUCUCCACGAUUGGUCUUCAUGAUCUGAGAUCUCGUUUCGGGAUCAUUCCUCAAGACCCGACCCUUUUUCAUGGUACCGUCAGAUUCAAUUUGGAUCCCCUAGCAAAACAUACUGAUCAGGAAAUCUGGGAGGUGCUUGGGAAGUGCCAUCUUCGGGAGGCGGUUCAAGAGAAAGGAGAGGGUUUGGAUUCUCCAGGUGAGUGUUUUAGAAUAUGGAGGGCUGUUCAUGUUUCUGCUGCAAAUCAUUAUAACAAGUCUGAAAUUGCAGUUGUAGAAGACGGGUCAAAUUGGAGCAUGGGGCAGCGGCAGUUGUUCUGCCUGGGACGUGCUUUGUUGAGGAGAAGCCGGAUACUAGUGCUCGACGAAGCCACAGCAUCAAUUGACAAUGCAACGGAUGCAAUUCUUCAGAAGACUAUAAGGGAUGAGUUUGCUGACUGCACUGUUAUUACAGUCGCCCACAGAAUCCCAACUGUGAUGGACUGCACAAUGGUGCUUGCUAUCAGUGAUGGGAAAUUAGUGGAGUAUGACGAGCCAAUGAAGCUGAUGAAGAGAGAGGAUUCGCUGUUCGGGAAGCUUGUUAAAGAGUACUGGUCACACACUGCAAAUGCCGGCAGCCAGCCCACGAUUUUAAUCUCCUCUUCUCCUCUAACGCUCCAAGCACAUCAUCGCCGAGCUUUUCAGCCAUCACACGAAAAGAUCGACAGAUCCGACGGUCCUAAAUCGUUUGAGAACUUUCCCGCCCAGUUUCCUGGCAUCAGAGCGAUCUGUGCAGGAGUUGUAAGAGUAGGAAGCAUGGAGGCUCUCACAGGUGCUUGGUCUGCUUUCUGUGGGAAGUCUCAUUGUUCACAUGAUGGUGGAAAGGCUUGUAGUCAUGGUUUUGUGGGCACUGCCCAUUCUUCCCCGUGUCUCAACCGUAUCUUGAUCAUUUCCGUUGAUGUGCUGCUCUUGUUAUUGAUCCUUUCCAAUUUCAUUUGUAAGUUGAAAUCAAGAGCAGCUCAGAUGCCAGCACACUUUCAAGGCCUUUCAUAUCUACAGAUAGCCUCUGCUGUCUACGGCGGAUUGGGUUUUGUUUACUUCGGUGUAGGGAUUUGGAUACUGGAAGAGAAAUGGAGAAAUGUACAAGGUGUCGUUCCUCUGCAUCGAUGGUUAAUGAUGUUAUUUCAAGGCCUCACUUGGGUAUUGCUGGGUUUAAUGGUGCCCCUUAAGAUGGGGCAACGUUCAAAGACAUUCGUAUGGCUUUUGUUGACAAUUGCAUGCUUGUUUGCAGGAUUCCUCUGUACUCCAUCCAUUCUCAUUGUCCAUAGAGACAUAGAAGCUUAUUCAAUUAAGAUCAUUCUAGAUAUUUUAUCUUUGCCGGGAGCUAUUCUCUUGCUAAGCUGCAUGGUUAAGGGUUCCAAACAUGGAGAAACUGGUCAUGAUAUCGAUCACACUCUUUAUAUGCCUUUGAAUGAUGAAACCAAUGGCAAUAACAUCGAUUCAGAUAGUUAUGUAACUCUGUUUGCCGAAGCUGGAUUUCUCAGUAGAAUGUCGUUUUGGUGGUUGAAUCCUCUAAUACAAAAGGGUUGGGUGAAAUCCUUGAAGGAAAAAGAUAUACCCCAGUUACACAAGACUGAUCAAGCGGAAAGCUGUUACUUAUUGUUUAUGGAGGAACUGAACAGACAAAACUGGACCAGACAAUCUAGCUUGCCAUCUAUUCUGUGGACUAUUGUUUCCUGUCACAGGAGAGAGAUUUUUGUUUCUGGGUUUUUCGCGUUGCUUAAAAUAUUGACCAUGUCUUCUGGUCCUUUGAUUCUCAAUGGCUUCAUUAAGGUUGCCGAAGGGGAAGCUGCUUUUAGAUACGAGGGUUACCUAUUGGCUGGGGUAUUGUUCUUUGCAAAAUGCUUAGAAUCCCUAUCACAGAGGCAGUGGUAUUUCCGGAGUAGAAGGAUCGGUCUCCAAGUAAGGUCUUUCCUGUCGGCAGCUAUUUACAGGAAGCAACUGAGACUCUCGAAUAAGGCUAAAAUUACACACUCAGCCGGGGAGAUAAUGAACUAUGUUACUGUAGAUGCUUAUAGGAUUGAAUUCCCUUUCUGGUUUCACCAGACGUGGACGACAACUCUCCAGCUCUGCAUUGCUUUAGCAAUCCUUUUCCAAGCUGUUGGACUUGCGACCAUCGCGGCCCUCGUCAUCAUCACACUGACCGUGGCCUGCAACGCUCCACUAGCCAAACUGCAGCAUAAAUUUCAGUCGAAGCUUAUGGAAGCACAAGACGAGAGGCUGAAGGCUAUUUCGGAAGCUCUUGUGAACAUGAAAGUAUUGAAGCUUUACGCAUGGGAAACCCAUUUCAAGACAGUAGUAGAGGGGUUGAGGAAAGUGGAAUAUAAGUGUUUGUCGGCAUUUCAGCUGCGAAGAGCAUACAGUAGCUUUCUCUUUUGGUCAUCUCCUGUGUUGGUUUCAGCUGCUACUUUCGUUGCAUGCUACUUCCAUGGAGUUCCUCUCAAUGCUAGGAAUGUUUUCACCUUUAUAGCAGCCUUGCGACUUGUUCAAGACCCAGUUAGGUCAAUCCCAGAUGUUAUAGGAGUAGUGAUUCAAGCUAAGGUAGCGUUUGCUCAGAUAAUGAUGUUUCUGGAGGCACAGAUUGGGCAUGUAAGGAAAAAGCCUAAUGGGGAGCUUGAGCAUUUAAUUGAGAUCAAGUCAUCCAGCUUCCCAUGGGAAGGGAAUCUGUCAAAGCCAAUGCUCAGAAAUAUAAAUCUAGAGGUUAAACCCAGUGAAAAGGUGGCAAUUUGUGGAGAGGUUGGGUCAGGGAAAUCAACCCUUUUGGCAGCAAUCCUUGGAGAGAUACCAAACAUUGAUGGCACGAUUAAAGUUUAUGGGAGGAUUGCAUAUGUUUCUCAGACGGCAUGGAUCCAGAUGGGAACAAUCCAAGAGAAUAUCUUGUUUGGCUCUCCCAUGGACAAGCAAAGAUACCAAGGAGCAGUUAAGAAGUGCUCGUUAGAAAAGGACCUUGAGAUGUUACCGUUUGGCAAUCUCACUCAAAUAGGAGAAAGAGGAGUAAAUCUCAGUGGUGGUCAGAAGCAGCAUAUUCAACUCGCAUGUGCAGUGUAUCAAGAUGCAGACAUAUACCUCUUGGAUGAUCCGUUCAGUGCAGUUGAUGCUCAUACUGCUACAAGCCUGUUUAACGGAUGCAUCAUGGGAGCUUUGUCGGGUAAGAGGGUCUUACUAGUGACUCAUCAAGUCGAUUUCCUUCCAGAAUUUGACUUUAUUUUGUUAAUGUCAGAUGGGGAGAUCCUGCAUGCUGCUUCUUUUCACAAGUUACUGGACACAAGUAGAGAAUUUCAAGACCCGGUCAAUGCACAUAAAGACACUGUUGGUUCUGAAAGGCUUGCUGAGGUGGUUUCUCCCUUGAGAUGUGAAACUGCCAAAAGAGAGAUCAAGAAAGCGUCUACUGUGAAACAACAGAAAACAGAUAAUGCACCAGCAGUAGAUCAGCUGAUUAAAGAAGAGGAGAGAGAAACUGGAGAUACAGGUCUGAGGCCAUACUUACAAUAUCUGAAUCAGAGCAAGGGCUACUUGUAUUUCUCCUUGGCAGGCCUUUGCCAUCUCAUGUUUGUGGUUGGACAGAUCACACAAAACUCUUGGAUGGCUGCUAACAUUCAGAAUCCUCAAGUUAGCAAGUUGCUGCUAACUUCAGUCUACUUGGCCAUCAGUUUUAGUGCAUCGUUCUUUUUGUUCUUCCGAUGUCUUUUUAUAGUUGUUCUGGGCAUUCAGUCAUCAAAAUCAUUAUUUUCUCAGCUGCUAAACUCCCUCUUCCUUGCACCAAUGUCCUUCUUUGACUCAACACCCAUGGGAAGGAUAUUGAGUCGGGUUUCUUCUGAUUUGAGUAUUGUUGACCUCGUUGUGCCGUUCAGUUUCGUCUUUGUCAUAUCUGCCACCAUUAACGCAUGCAGUAAUCUUGGUGUAUUGGCUGUUGUUACCUGGCAAGUCUUAUUUGUCUCCAUACUGAUGAUCUAUCUUGCAAUUCAAUUGCAGAGAUACUACUUUGCUUCUGCAAAAGAGUUGAUGCGGAUCAAUGGCACGACAAAAUCCCUUGUUGCAAGUCAUCUGGCCGAAUCCAUAUCAGGAGCAAUGACAAUCAGAGCUUUUGAGGAGGAAGACCAAUUCUUUGCUAAGAAUGUCGACCUCAUCAACAAGAACGCUAGCCCAUUCUUCCACAACUUUGCGGCAGCUGACUGGUUGAUCCAGCGUUUGGAAACAAUGAGUGCCGCUGUAAUUUCCUCCUCAGCACUUGCCAUGUCUCUGCUUCCUCCAGGGACUUUCGGCUCUGGAUUUAUUGGGAUGGCAUUAUCUUAUGGUCUUUCCUUAAACCCUUCCCUAGUUCUCUUUAUUCAAAAUCAGUGCACUAUUGCAAACUAUAUCAUCUCCGUGGAAAGGCUUCAUCAGUACAUGCAUAUCCCAAGUGAGGCCCCUGAAAUCAUAGAAGGCAACCGACCCAUGCCUGAUUGGCCUACUGUCGGUAAAGUGGAGCUCCUAGAUUUGAAGAUCAGAUAUAGACCAGAUACUCCGCUCAUUCUUCCGGGGAUAAGUGGCACAUUUGAAGGAGGGCACAAGAUUGGAAUAGUUGGGCGGACUGGCAGUGGGAAGACAACCUUUAUUGGGGCAUUGUUUCGUUUGGUGGAGCCAGAAGCGGGAAAAAUCAUCAUUGGGCACAUCUCCACGAUUGGUCUUCAUGAUCUGAGAUCUCGUUUUAGGGUCAUUCCUCAAGACCCGACUCUUUUUCAUGGUACUAUCAGAUUCAAUUUGGAUCCCUUAGCAAAACAUACUGAUCAGGAAAUCUGGGAGGUGCUUGGGAAGUGCCAUCUUCAGGAGGCAGUUCAAGAGAAAGGAGAGGGUUUGGACUCUCUAGUGGUAGAAGACGGGUUGAAUUGGAGCAUGGGGCAGCGGCAGUUGUUCUUCCUGGGACGUGCUUUGUUGAGAAGAAGCCGGAUACUAGUGCUCGAUGAAGCCACGGCAUCAAUUGACAAUGCAACAGAUGCGAUUCUUCAGAAGACCAUAAGUGAUGAGUUUGCUGACUGCACCGUCAUUAUGGUUGCCCACAGAAUACCAUCUGUGAUGGACUGCACAAUGGUGCUUGCUAUCAGCGAUGGUGAGCUUCUUUAUCCCCUUGAGUACUAAUGCAUUUUCUUCAAA